GUUAAAGAAUACAUCAUUUCAGUGAUUAAAAUAUCUACAACACGAAAAUAUUAAAAUAAAGUAAAUCGAAUAAAAAAAAUUGAGGAAAAUCCCAAAGGAGAAAGCCACGAUAAAUAGUUUUCUGUGGGUUGUCGCCCCUACACAAUAGUUUUCCUUUCCCCCAAUUCUUCACUUUGGGGAGAGUCUGCGACCUGGCAGCUCUGCAUGCUCUCUCUUCUCCUUCCCUCUUCCCCUCUGCAAUUCCUCUAAGCCCUCCAUUCCCUCUCCCCUCUUCUUAAAUUCUAUCCCCCAUUUUCCCAGUUCAAUUUCCCCCCUCCAUUCUCCUUCCCCUGCCUUCUAGUUGUGGGGGAUUGAACGAUUGAUCCCAACUUUGUAACUCCAAUGUCUAAUUCCCCAUCUUCCCCCCUUUUCCACUCAAUGAUUAAUUCGAUUCAUUGAUGCUAAAUCCCAAUCGCAUUCCCUGUUCCCCACAUCCCCCAAACCCGAAUCUGGUUGAAGAAAGUAAGAAAACCCAUUUGGUGGAUUGAAUUGAAGAGAAAUAUCCCCCAAAUCCCUACAAGCUGAGGCGAAGCGGGAGCAUUCAUUUGGGAACGACGAUGAAAGGGAACAAGAAGGAUUCGGAGAAGGUUAUCUGGGAUCAGCUGAGGAGCCCUUCUCACGCCAAUUCCAUCUCCGUACCCGGUUCCCCAGCUCGGAUUCUCCCCAAGCUCAUGGUAUGGCUUCUCCUCUUCGUCACCGUCACCUACGUUUUCUACACAUUGAGGCUCGUCUCCACUUCCCAACCCUGCAACGACGACCCCCUCUCCCGCCACCGCUCCUCCCAGCCCCAGCACCUCUCCCUCGUCGCCCUCAGCGGCAACGACUCCGAAUCCGACGUAGGCCUCGCCGAGGGGGCGGCGGCGACGGGAAUCGCUCUCCCGCGGCGGGAGAUCGAGGAGCGGCCCGAGAAGCAGCCGACGGAUUUGCAGCACGUGGUGUUCGGCAUCGCGGCGUCGGCCAAGCUCUGGGAGCAGAGGAAGGAAUACAUCAAGAUUUGGUACAAGGCCGACAGAAUGAGAGGGGUUGUUUGGCUGGACGACGAGGUGGAGACCAAGGAGGAGGACAAAGGGGUUCUGCCGCCGAUUAAAAUCUCCGGGGACACCUCGAAGUUCGUGUACAAGAACAAGCAGGGCCACCGGUCCGCCAUUCGGAUCUCGCGGAUCGUCUCCGAAACGCUCCGCCUCGGGAUGGAGGACGUGCGGUGGUUCGUGAUGGGCGACGACGACACCGUUUUCGUCACCGAGAACUUGAUCCGGAUCUUGCGCAAGUACGACCACACCCAGUACUACUACAUCGGCAGCUUAUCGGAAUCCCAUUUGCAGAACAUCUACUUCUCCUACGGGAUGGCCUACGGCGGCGGCGGCUUCGCCAUUAGCUACCCGCUCGCCAAAGCCCUCGAGAAGAUUCAGGACCGCUGUAUUCAACGGUACCCCGGUCUGUACGGCUCCGACGACAGAAUGCAGGCCUGUAUGGCGGAGCUCGGCGUUCCCCUCACCAAAGAAGUCGGGUUCCACCAGUAUGAUGUGUACGGCAAUCUAUUCGGCCUGCUAGCAUCACACCCAGUGACGCCAUUAGUCUCGUUGCACCACCUCGACGUGGUGGAGCCAAUCUUCCCGAACGUGACACGGGUCGAGGCCCUGCAGCGCCUCGCGGUGCCGAUGAAGAUGGACUCAGCUGGGAUAAUGCAGCAGUCGAUCUGCUACGACAAGUCACGGAGCUGGACCGUCUCGGUGUCCUGGGGUUUCGCGGUUCAAAUCUUCAGGGGAGUGUUCUCCCCUCGAGAGAUCGAAAUGCCCUCGAGGACUUUCUUGAAUUGGUACAGGAGGGCCGAUUACACGGCCUAUGCGUUCAACACUCGCCCUGUGGCCAGGAACCCUUGCCAGAAGCCGUUCGUGUUCUACCUCUCCAAGGCGAGGUCGUUGACCUCGUUGAACACGACGGUGAGCGAGUACCAACGACAUCGUGUCCCCCACCCUGAAUGCAAGUGGAAGAUGGCCGAUCCAAGCAGUAUAAACAUGGCGGUGGUGUAUAAGAGGCCUGAUCCUCAGUUGUGGAGUAGGUCUCCAAGAAGGAACUGUUGCAGGGUAAUGAGCACGAAGAAGAAAGGGACGAUUACGAUCGACGUCGGGAUGUGUAGGGAUGGCGAGAUCAGUGAGGUAUAGCAGAAGUACUCAUGACUGAGUUUGAAGAGAACUCCUUGGAAAGUAGCUGCAGCUACCCUUUCUUCUCCUUCUUCCUCUGCUUCUUCUCCUCCUCAUCCUCAUCUAAUGUUUGUUACUCCUCCAUUGAAAUUUAAGUGUUUAGUUCAUUAAUUUAUUGAUGAGGGUGCCCAAGAAAGGUAGAGACUACUUCAGUGCUCAGUCUAUAGGGAAGAAAAUGGCCCAAAAAAGGAAGUGUUGGUUAGAAGAAAUUGGUGUAUAAAGUCGUAGUUGAUACGUUUUUAUACAUGUCCUGUUUCUAGCUAAGCUAGCUAUGUAGGAUUGUGUCUAUUCAUGAAAUUUUGUUAAUCCAGAAAAUGAGAUGGGUAAAAAUGAAAGAUGCUGUUACUCAGACUCUCUUUAAAAGGUAGGGACGCGCAUGAUUGAUUCACUUAAUCAGGUUUGUUCUUAUGUGCUAUCUUUUCAGAUUGCCCGGGAUUAAGAUUGAUUGAUUAUUAAUAAUUGAACGCCAUGGCAUCGUGUAUG